AUGGCUUUAAAGACGCUUGCUCCGGUGAAGGCCGCCGACCUGGAUAAGGAGUUGAUGAGUAGUGGUGGAUUCUCACUAGAUCAACUUAUGGAGCUGGCCGGAGGUGAUGGUCUGGUGGCCGCACGACACCUUCAUCAUUUCGGCUACAAGCCAACUAUUUACUAUCCAGUGCCAUCGAAACCUGAGUUAUUCGUUGGUCUCCAGAAACAACUCAAGUCCCUGUCCAUUACAUUCACAGAAGACUUCCACAGCUCCAUGGGGUCCACGGAUUUCAUCAUCGAUGCAAUCUUUGGAUUCUCCUUCAAGCCACCAGUACGAGAACCUUUUCCAUCGGUAGUUGAGGCCCUUGCAGAAACAUCGAAGCCGGUUCUAAGUGUAGACAGUCCCUCAUGCUGGGAUGUCGAAGGGGGCCCCCCAAAAGAAGGAGAACUUGGAGCAAAGUUCAUGCCGCCGUAUCUGAUAAGUCUCACGGCUCCAAAGCCAAGUAUUAAAUUCUACAAAGGGACACAUUUCGUGGGAGGUAGAUUUCUGAGCGAGGAUAUGGCGCAGAAAUACGACCUGACCGUGCCAGAUUAUCAUGGCGUUGACCAGAUAGUGGAAGCUCCGGUUGAUGCCUCAGGAGGCGAAAAGCUUUAG